UCCCUCCCAUUAUCGUAGGAUCCACUUCCCGGCUUUCCCUCCCUUCCCCUAUCUCAUCCUCCAUCAUCCCUUCCGCCCUUCGCCUCUCCCACAGUUCAAAACCCUAGCUGGAAAACAUGGCUUUUUCUGUCGAUCAUCGCCGGAGAACCCAGAAAUCCGGUGAAUUCUAGACCCUUAGGAGGAGGAGAAAUCUUGGGGCUUGGCGGUGACUCGUGGAAGGGAGGUAUGUCGCUAAGGAUCAAGGCGGUGGUGGACAAGUUCGUGAAGGAGUUGACGGAGGCUCUACAGGCAGACAUCCAGGAUCGAAUCAUGAAGGAGAGGGAGAUGCAGAGCUACAUCGAGGAGAGAGAGCGGGAGGUCGCCGAGCGCGAGGCCGCGUGGAAGGCCGAGCUCUCUCGCCGUGAGGCAGAAAUUGCCCGUCAAGAGGCCAGGCUGAAGAUGGAGAGGGAAAAUCUUGAGAAGGAAAAGAGUGUUCUCAUGGGAACUGCAUCAAAUCAGGACAACCAAGAUGGUGCUCUUGAAAUCACUGUCAGUGGUGAGAAGUACAGGUGCCUUCGAUUCUCCAAGGCAAAAAAAUGAUAUUAUGAGACAAAUGAAGAGAAUAGAGCCUAGUUUGAGGGACCAGGUUUAGAAAUACCAAGGAUUGAAUUAGUAUUGUACAAGAAUCUUGGAGAUUAACAAUUGAUAUUGAAGUAGCAUUUAUAUUCGAUUUUUUGUAAAGAAAAUUAGCCUAAUAUGUUAUGGAUAUUCUUGUUUUCUAAAGUUUGCCUUUUGUGAGAACCACAUGAGGCUUCUGCUUA